AAAAUGGCCGCCAGCGGUUCUCAAUCUGCGAUGAAAAAAUAAACGUGAGAAAAAUCUAACCUGUAAUAGAAUAAUAAUUUGAAUUGAAAUUAAAAACAAAAUUUUAUUUUGUCAAUUGUUCUGACAACUAGACAUGUCAUUUGUUAUCACGAGACUUCAGGAAGCUCUGAGGCAUGGAAUCAUCACUAAGACUAUUGGUGUGAGAUCAUUUUCUCGGGGAAGUUCAUUAUUUAAUGAAGAAGCUGAAGUAAAAACUAAUGAACCGCAAAUUGAUCCUGCAAAGGAUAGACGUAAUCCUAUUCCUCCUGAAACGAGUAUUCGUUAUUUAGCUAGUGACGCUUACAAAAAAACGUAUGGUACAGAACCUGUUUGGAAACCAUAUCGUAGAAAUCAUAAAGGUGGAUUUGCUCCAAGAAAAACUAGGAAAACUUGUAUUAGAGGUGGAGUAAUAUCAAAUGGUAAUCCAUGUCCAAUUUGUCGUGACGAGUACUUAGUUUUUGACCACCGAAAUACUGCUUUGCUGAAACAAUUUAUUUCUGAAUACAAUGGCGAGACAAUAAGUUAUUCGACAACGGGAAUUUGUCAAAAGCAACAUCAAAAUUUACUUAUAGCACUUUAUCGAGCUCACGACUACGGUACAAUAACAUUUGAUGUCCCAUUUAGAGAAUAUGAUUAUUCUGAUUGGUACAAAUCUGAAGACCUGAAGCAGGAAAAUUAG